AAAGCUCCAAGAAUCAUCAGUGACUGAAGCAAAGCUCCAUUCUCUCUCUUCUUCUUCUUCUUCUUCUUCUUCUUCUUCUUGUCUCCGUACUAUCUGACAGAUGAGUUCUCUACGGGGCUUGAAUUGCUCUGCCGAUUUCACGCAGAACCUCAGGGAACGGAGGCUCGACUUCCUCUCUUCAACCUCUGCCAAAGUUCCGCUGCUCGAGCCGAGGAUUUGUUUUCCCGCGCGCGAUCCUUUGCGUCUCAAUCGUCAGAAUAGCAGCUUAAGGAAGCCGCGCACUGUAGUUGAAGCUGUUUCCUCCACUGACAUUAGAGAAAAAGAUAAGAGAGAGAAGAAAAUGAAGUCAAAGUCUGGACAUGACAAGGUGCAACUCAGCAUUAGGUUGGAUCAUCAAGUUGAAUUCGGGGAAAAUGUGGCUAUCUUGGGGUCCACAAAGGAAUUGGGAUCAUGGAAGAAGAACGUGCGGAUGAACUGGACGGAGAAUGGAUGGGUUUGUGACUUGGAACUAAAAGGGGGUGAAACUGCAGAGUAUAAGUUUAUAAUUAUAAGGAAGGACAAGAGCCUUGCAUGGGAAUUGGGUGACAAUCGGGUUGUGAAGCUGCCCAAAAGAGGACAUUAUGCCAUGGUCUGUAACUGGGAUCAGACUAGAGAAGCUGUGGAGCUGAUACCUUUGGACCUCAAAGAGGAUGAGGAUCUGGUACUAGAUGAAGGGGAGAAUGGUGCUUCUGCCCCUGAAAAUGGUGCUGGUCUUGCAGAGGUGGAGACCAGUCCUUUUGUUGAACAGUGGCAAGGAAAGGCUGCCUCCUUUAUGCGCUCUAAUGAGCAUGGUAAUAAGGGAUCGCAUAUCAAAUGGGACACCUCAGGUCUUGAAGGAUUGGCUUUGAAGUUGGUUGAAGGUGAUCGCAGUGGAAGAAACUGGUGGCGUAAGCUUGAAAUUGUUCGUGAGCUAAUUGUUGAAAGUCCUGAAAGUGGAGAUCGUUUGGAGGCUCUCGUCUAUUCAUCCAUCUAUCUAAAGUGGAUAAACACAGGACAAAUACCUUGUUUUGAAGAUGGUGGUCACAGGCGACCUAACAGGCAUGCAGAGAUUUCCAGGCUUAUCUUUCGUGAGCUGGAGAGAAUCGCCUGUAGAAAAGAUGCUUCACCUAAGGAAAUACUCGUCAUCCGCAGAAUCCAUCCAUGCUUGCCAUCCUUCAAAACAGAAUUCACUGCAUCUGUUCCUCUAACUCGCAUAAGAGACAUUGCUCAUCGGAAUGAUAUCCCUCAUGACCUCAAGCAAGAGAUCAAGCAUACAAUCCAAAACAAGCUUCAUCGGAAUGCUGGCCCCGAAGAUUUGGUUGCCACUGAAGCAAUGCUCGCAAGAAUUACCAAGAACCCUGGAGAAUAUAGUGAAGCAUUUGUUGAACAAUUCAAGAUAUUUCAUUAUGAACUCAAAGACUUCUUCAAUGCUGGAAGCCUUGCUGAGCAGCUUGAAUCAAUCAAAGAAUCCUUAGACGAGCGUGCAUUAUCAGCUCUUGCACUGUUUCUGGAAAGCAAGGAGAGUUUGGAUUCAAGUGGGUCACAAGAUAUUUCAGAAAGCAAGGGCAUCAACCUCUUGAUCCGAACCAUGCAUGCUUUGAAUGCUCUGAGGGAAAUGAUCACAAAAGGUCUUGAAAGCGGUCUUCGAAAUGAUGCCCCUGAUGCUGCAAUUGCAAUGCGCCAAAAGUGGCGUCUCUGUGAGAUUGGUCUUGAGGACUAUUCCUUUGUUCUCCUAAGCAGAUAUCUUAAUGCGCUUGAGGCAAUGGGAGGGGCCCAUUGGCUUGCUGAGACUGUAGAAUCAGAAAAGAUAAGCUCUUGGAACAAUCCGCUUGAUGCCCUUGUGGUUGGCAUUCGCCAAUUAGGAUUAUCAGGUUGGCAACCUGAAGAAUGUGAUGCUAUUGCUAAUGAGCUUGCUGUUUGGAAGAACAAGGGACUUUCUGAGAAGGAAGGUGGUGAAGAUGGCAAGAUGAUCUGGGGAUUGAGGAUUAAAGCUACCCUUGAUAGAGCUAGGAGGCUUACUGAGGAGUAUUCUGAGGCACUUCUUCAAAUAUUUCCUGAGAAAGUUCAGUUGCUUGGAAAAGCUUUCGGGAUUCCUGAGAACAGCAUAAGGACAUAUGCAGAAGCUGAGAUUCGUGCUGGUGUUGUCUUUCAGGUUUCCAAACUUUGCACCCUUCUCUUGAAAGCUGUUAGAAGCACCAUAAAUUCUCAAGGUUGGGAUGUUCUUGUUCCAGGGGCUGCUGGGGGAACACUGGUUCAGGUCGAGACGAUUGCACCUGGGUCAAUUUCAUCAUCUGUAGAUGGGCCUCUUAUUCUCAUGGUCAAGAGAGCUGAUGGAGAUGAAGAGGUAACAGCUGCAGGGAAAAACAUAGCGGGAGUCGUACUCCUGCAAGAGCUCCCUCACUUGUCUCAUCUUGGAGUCAGGGCCCGUCAAGAGAGAGUUGUCUUUGUGACCUGUGAAGCUGAUGAUAUGAUUGAUGACAUACAGAAGCUCGUUGGAAAAUUUGUGAGGCUCGAAGCAUCCUCAACAGGUGUUCAAAUAUUUCCUUCAUUGCCUGAAAGCCAUAAUACUGGUAGAGAGGACCUUCUGGGUAAUGGUGCGUCGCCAGCUGGAGCAAGUGGACCAUAUGAUCCUUCUUUGCCUCCUACCAGGAAGCCUGGCUUGAUUAAGGAUACAUCUAGUGGGGGAGUUCUAAUGCUUGCAGAGGCAGAGACACAAACAUCUGGUGCUAAAGCUGCUGCAUGUGGUCGUUUAGCAUCUUUGGCUGCUGCUUCUGAUAAAGUCUAUAGUGAGGAAGGAGUGCCUGCUUCUUUUAAGGUACCAUCAGGUGCAGUGAUACCUUUUGGCUCCAUGGAAUUGGCUUUAGAGCGGAGCAGCUCAAUGCACACAUUCCUCUCCCUUUUGGAUGAGCUAGAAAAUGCCAAACUCGAGGAUGGACAACUGGACGCUCUCUGUCUUCGACUUCAAGAACUUAUAAGUGCCCUGAAUUCCCCAAAAGAAAUCAUCGAAAGCAUCAGCAGAAUAUUUCCGGGAAAUGCCCGACUAAUUGUUCGCUCGAGUGCAAACGUCGAGGACUUGGCAGGGAUGUCUGCAGCAGGACUGUACGAGUCAAUCCCCAAUGUGGGGCCCUCCAACCCUGCAGUCCUUGGGAAUUCAAUCAGUAGGGUGUGGGCCUCCCUCUACACGAGGAGGGCAGUCUUGAGCCGACGGUCUGCUAGGGUGCCUCAGAAGGAGGCUCACAUGGCAAUUCUGGUCCAAGAGAUGCUCUCGCCGGACCUAUCAUUCGUCCUCCACACGCUUAGCCCAACUGAUCAUGAUCCCAAGAAGGUUGAGGCCGAGAUCGCCCCAGGACUCGGGGAAACUCUGGCCUCUGGCACCCGGGGCACGCCGUGGCGCCUAUCAUCCGGGAAGUUCGACGGACUCGUGAAGACACUAGCAUUUGCGAACUUCAGUGAGGAGAUGCUAGUGCUCGGGGCAGGCCCUGCCGAUGGCGAGGUUAUCCACCUGACCGUGGACUACAGCAAGAAGCCACUGACGGUUGACCCUGUGUUCAGGAGGCAGCUGGGGCAGAGGCUGGGUGCUGUCGGGUUCUUCUUGGAGAGGAAAUUUGGGGGACCGCAGGAUGUGGAAGGUUGUGUGGUCGGGAACGAUAUUUUCAUUGUUCAAAGCCGGCCACAGCCCCACUGAGUAGUCUUCGACAAUGGAUGGGAGCCUGUUUUCUGUGUCCAGGAGUUGAGUCCAGUGCACGAAGGUUGUAUUAUUCGGCCUCGAUAAGUUCAAGUGGAGAGCUUCAUAGCACAUCGGGUUUGAAGGUACAUAAGUAAUCAGUCAUGACGAUGUCGUCUUACUUCGCUGCUUAAAUAAAAUUAUGCUCUGCCCAUGUUAUGUUUCCUUUGAAUAAAUACUUAAGACAAACAUCUACCGUGUGGGCAGAAUUAUUCGGUAAAUAAUGUAUAUCAACAAAAAAACAAAAGGGUUUUUACGAAGAAAAUAAUCAAAAUCA